CGCUUUGGAGGGUCCGCCCAGAAGAGAGAGACAGAGGGAGGGGUGCUUCGGUGGACCGCUUGGCUUCUGCAGAAGAGAGAGGAAGCAUCGGCUGAGGGAGGGAGAGAGGAGCGUAGUGCCAGCGGGGACCUACUCGACGGAUUCCCUGCGUCCUGUGGAGGAUCCGGGAGAGUUGACGACCGCAGCAGAGAACCCUAGAUCUGGUCCCAGAUUCCAGCUGGACUGCUUCUUCUCCGGCGGAUCACGCGGCGUCGUUCUGGCCUGAAGGCAUGGGGUUCUUUUCCUUCUUCGGGAGAGUACUCUUCUCCUGCAUUUUCGUACUGUCAGCAUGGCAAAUGCUGAAUGAGUUUGGCACUGAUGGUGGACCUUCAGUCAAGCAAUUUGAGCCAAAGUACAACUUGUUUAAAGGCCAUGUCACAAAAUCCCUUGGAAUCGAGCUUCCACCUAUCGAGAUUAAACAUCUUGUAGCUGCAGCCAUUGCUUUGAAAGGAGUUGGUGGCAUUCUCUUCAUCUUUGGCAGUUCUUUUGGUGCUUGGCUUUUGCUUAUCUAUCUGGCGUUGGUGACACCCCUUCUCCAUGAUUUCUACAACUAUAAUUUUGAGAAACCUGAGUUCAUCCCUGUUUUCUCUGAGUUUGUUCAGAACUUGGCCCUUUUUGGUGCGUUGUUGUUCUUCCUUGGAAUGAAGAACUCAUUUCCGAAGAAGCCCAAGAGGAAGGUAGUGAAGACGAAGACCAACUAGCACGCGUGAACGUGCUGAACAGGAAUUCGAUGUUUAUGUACCCUUUUUGUAGUCUUUUAGGUACUAUUUGUGACAAAUGUUUUGAAUUAGGAAAAAUUAUUGCAGUUUUCUUUGCGGAUGAACAUUUUAUUGCUCGACCAUCUUUUAUGCUCAUUUGCAGGGAGAAAAUGGUCUUCUACCUGAUGUA